CUCCAUCCAGAGCAGGCAGACACCUCCACAAUGACCUCCUAUGCUCGCUCCGUCACCUUUUCCAGUGGAAGCCGCCUCGGCUCCAUGAGGGCCCCCAGCGUGUACGCUGGCGCCGGAGGCUCCGGGGUCCGCAUCUCCAGCACGAGUGCUUCCAGAAGCUACUCCUCUGCCGGUGCAGGGUUUUCUGCUGCCGGUGCUGGUGCCAAUGGCGGCUUCAACCUGGCCGACGCCAUCGACAUCUCAGACAACAAGAAAAUGGCCAUGCAGAACCUGAAUGACCGCCUGGCCUCCUACCUGGACAAGGUGCGCAAUCUGGAGCAGGCCAACUCUGAGCUGGAGCUGAAGAUCAGGCAGUUCCUGGAGAACAAGACCAAACCUGAGGGCCAUGACUGGGUCAGAUUCCAUGCCACCAUCAGCGACCUGCAGGACCAGAUCCUUUAUGCCACCCGCAACAACGGAUCUCUCUACCUGGCGAUUGAUAACGCCAAGCUGGCUGCUGAUGACUUCAGAGUAAAGUUUGAGAAUGAGCUGGCCAUGCGUCAGUCAGUGGAGGCCGAUAUUGCCGGCCUGAAGAAGGUCCUGGAUGACCUGACUCUGUCAAGAUCUGAUUUGGAGAUGCAGAUUGAAUCACUGAGGGAGGAACUCAUCCAGCUGAAGAAGAACCAUGAGGAGGACCUGCUGACUAUGCGUUCCCAGGUGGGAGGUCAGGUGAACGUGGAGGUGGACGCCGCUCCUCAGGAGGAUCUGUCCGUCGUCAUGGCUGGAAUAAGAGAACACUACGAGGCCGUCGCCGUCAAGAACCGUAGAGAGCUGGAGACCUGGUUCCAGGCCAAGUCUGAAGAGCUCAAUAAGGAAGUUGCCAUGAGCACAGAGACUCUUCAGUCAACACGUUCUGAGGUCACAGAGGUCAAACGCUCGCUGCAGGGCCUGGAGAUCGAGCUCCAAUCACAGCUCAGCAUGAAAUCCUCUCUGGAAACAACCCUUGCUGAAGCCCAGAACCGGUACAGCAACAUGCUGGCAGGAUACCAGAGGCAGGUAACUGCCCUGGAGAAUCAGCUGGCCCAGCUGAGGGCUGACCUGGAGCGUCAGGGACAUGAGUACCAGGUGCUGCUGGACAUGAAGACCAGGCUGGAGCUUGAGAUUGCUGAGUACAGGAGGCUACUGGAUGGAGAGCUGUCCAACACGUCAUCCUCCACUACAAGCACAACACGUAAAGUAAUGAUAGUCACCAAAGACAUCACAGAAGAUGGAGAGAUCCAUUCUCAAUCAAUGGAGAUUAAGUGAUGUGUCAACACGCUGCUGCCAACCAUUCUCAG